AGCCAUGUCCAACUGUGAGCUGCUCGGCUCGCUGCCAUCGGAGCUUGGUAUGCUCCCCAACCUCGGCUACCUUGAUCUGAGCUUCAACUCCCUCACUGGUUCGCUGCCCUUAUAUCUCGCCAAGCUUACCGGACUCGAUACCUUAGACCUGUCCCACAACCAGCUGUCAGGGUCGAUUCCAAAGGACCUCCUCCCCACCAACCUCAGACGCCUGGACCUGAGCUGCAAUGAGCUUUCAGGGACAAUCCCCAACACCAUAGGGGGGUUGCUGCAGCUUGAACAUCUGGAUCUCAGCUCCAACCGCUUCAGUGGCUCUAUACCCACAGAGAUGACAGAUCUCAUUCAACUCACCCUCCUCAACCUGCGCAGCAACCAGCUCACAGGCUCCGUGCUGCAGCCCAUCCCCCACGGCAUGCGACAGUACCAGCUCGACAACAACUACUUCUCCUCCGCCUUCCCCUCGCAGCCACCCUGCCCUGCCGGCACCAUCAUAACCACGCGCAGCAACUGCGCAGUAGCAAAGGACGGCAGCCCUGCUCCCACCUUCUCGUGUCCCGAGGGAUUGGACGCGCAGAGGCGGGCGGAGGUGUGCCGGGCGUUCUGCGGGCUGUCGAGUGAGAGCCUGCCGUGUGGCGGGCACGGUGUGUGCUUCUUUGACGGGCCGAAUCGUGUGCCCACGUGCGCGUGCGAUAGUGGAUACACGAAUGGAGGCGUGCCGGGGUCGUGCGUGCCUGAUGAUGGCUCUCUCCCAUUCAUCAACACCACUUCAGACUCCUCCCCACCGACUUCUCUCUCCCUCAGCGGCUCCGCAUCCCUCCUCCCCACCGCCGCCAUCCUCCUCUCACCAGCCCAGCCCACCAACUGGGGCGCCGCCUUCUUGCCCCAGCCCAUCCGCCUCUUCUCCUUCGCACUUCUCUCUUCCUCCUCCUGUGGCCGCGCCCUCCCAUUCUCCACCUCCUUCGCCUUCACCAUCGCUCUUUCCGACUCCUCUCCGAGCCCUCCUUCUGCUAAUGCAUUCGCUGCUCUGGCGUUCAUUGUCUCCGCGACUGGUGCUGUUGCUGGUGGCACGAGCAGCAGUAGCAGUGGGUGGUACCUUCCGGAGUCGGAGCACAGCAUUGCAGUGGUCUUUGAUGCAGUGCCAGCCAGUGCCAGCAACCCAAAAGGCAUCGUCUCCAUCCAAGUCAAAAGCUCCACCAGCUCCAGCAGCAGCACUGGGUUCACCUCAAUAGCCACAGCCACCGCCCCCUCGCCGCUCAACGACGGCUCCCCAAAGUACGCCUGGAUUGACUACCACCCCUCCUCUUCCUCCGCUGCCGCCGCCGCCGCCGCCGCUGCUGCAGCUACUGGCUCUCUGCGCGCCUUCCUCUCCUCCAGGCCCUCCCCACGGCCGUCCAAGCCCGUGCUGUCAGCGCGCAUCUCCCUGUGCGCGCUGCUCCAGCCCACUGAAAGCGCCUCUGCUUUCUUCCUCGGCUUCGCUGCUGCCUCUGACAACCCCCCGCUCGAGCUCACACUGCUGCAGUGGAGCAUUGCUGCAGGCCUCCAAAGCGUACCAAUUGACUCAGCCUUCCCACUGGGCCUGACCCUCUCAGACGACUCCCUCUCCCCGCCCCACGUCAACCCCUUCUUCCGAUACCCCAGCGCCGGCGUGCUGCCCCUGCACCCCAACGGGGACACCAGCAGCAGCAGCAGCAGCAGCAGCGGCGGCGGCGGCGGCGCCAGCAGCAGCGGAUCCGGCACAAGCGAUGCGCAAGACACCGAGCCAGAGCAAACGUGGCUGGUCUCCCCCUCGUCCUCCUGGUUCCGCCCCGACCUGCUCUGGCCCGUGAGGCAGCAGCAGGCGUGUGGCGACUGCUGGGCGUACGCGGUGGUGGGCAGCAUAGAGGCGGCCUACAGCAUAAUGGCGAACCUCACGGUGGCGCCGCAGCUGUCAGCGCUGCAGCUGCGCUCCUCCAUGCGCGCCGACUGCCAGGGCGGCUCGCCCUCCCAGGCCUUCGCCUUCCUCCUCAAAGCCGCCCGCGCCGGGAAGGGAGUGGGAGGGCUUGUGGAGGAGAAAAGAGCAGCUGUGGCGGAGGGAGGAAGGGGGCAGGGGAAGGGGAGGGCGGCUGGGAGAAGGCUACGGGGAGCAGAGGGAAAGGCGGAGCGGUGGGGCAUGGGGACGAGUGAGGGUAUGGUGCGUUCGGUGGUAGAGCAUGGACAUGUUAACCCAGACGGCGCUAGCGUUGCAGCAGCUUUUCCAACAGCUGCAGCCAUUGCAGAGGGAGGAGCAGCAGCAGAGGGGGCACGGAGGCAGCUGGCAGGGGGCACGGGCAGUGGGCUGUGCUCGCCUGUGUUUGCAGUGCUGAGGAAGCUGUUUGGCAUCACUUGCAAGAGCGGUGUGCCGAUGGAUACCCGAAAGAAGGGCUUUCAGAUCAGCGGCUUUGAGCGCACGUCCUUCUACGGCUGGUUCGGCUUGCUGCUGGCCGUGCAGCGCCAGCCAGUGGUGGUGCACAUAGAGGCAUCUGCUGAGUCGUUCAAGCAGUAUGACGGGCUGUCCAAGUACCAGGACCCAGCGUGCUUCACAUACAACCUGAACCACGUGGUGCUGCUGGUGGGGUACCGCCUGGUGGGGGCGGACGACACUGCUCCCCACAUGGCGCCGCCCUUCUGGAUCAUCCGCAACUCGUGGGGGGCGGACUGGGGCGAUGGGGGCCACAUGCGCAUGGACAUCCAGGGGGGGGAUGGCGUGUGCGGCAUCAACACUCUGCCAAGCCUCUAUCCUGUUGUUCAAUCGCCACAAGACCCAUGCAACAUGCAGGCGCGCAGGGGGGCGUUGGGUCCGGUGCUGAACCCGUGCGGCAACUUCACGUGCCGCGUGCAGGGCACCACCAACCGCUGCGACUGCACUGACCCCCGCUUCGUGGAGGCGCUCAAUGGCGACGGCUCACGCACCUGCGCCUAUGGUGAGGGUGGGGGGAUGGAGGGAGUCAUGGCAAGAACACGUGCUCUUUGUGGGUCCGUGCUCUUUGUUCUGCGCUGCGACUGCACCGACCCCCGCUUUGUUGAGGCGCUCAAUGGCGACGGCUCACGCACCUGCGCUUAUGGCGACACCGACGGCACCUACACAGUUCUCUCCCUCGGCCUCACGUGUGCCGCCAUCCACCCCGUCUACGGCCUCACUCUACCGCAGUUCACCGCACAGAACCCGAAUGUGGAUUGCAGCAUGCCGCUGCCUCUGAACACGCGUCUCAACGUCACACCACCUGACGGCCUCACUCCGUGCUCUGUCUUCUACACCACUGACCAGGGUGACACGUGUGCAUCCCUAGCAGCCUACUUCCAGCUGACCAAGAGCUGCAAUCCCAGCGGCACCCCGUGCAUUGAAGCCCUGCUCGCUCUCAACCCCGGGCUCAACUGCACCGCACUAGACAGUGGGGAUGGUGGUGGGGGGGGUGGUGGCGCGGGUGUGGGUGGGGGAGUAAGUGGGGAUGGCCUACAGCCGAACCAGGUGGUAUGUGUGGAGCGGCAGGGGGAGAGAGAUGCAGCAGCAGGGGGGCAGGUGAUUCCGGUGUGCUCGCAGUACUACCUGGUGCAGAGCGCAGAGACGUGCGAGUCCAUUCGCAACGUGCCCUCCCCGCCGCUCUCCCCGCUCGACUUCUUCCGCCUCAACCCCGGCAUGCGCUGCUCGCGCCUCGUGCCCAAGACCUCUGCAGACAGCUUCACUGGCUUUGAGGCAUGCAUACAGAGCCAGUCAAGCUACACGGCUGGAACCUGUCCAUUCUCCAACUUCUACAUGGGGUCCACAUCUCGCCGUGCGCGCCAGCCUGCGCUCUCCGCGUCCUCUCCGCUCUCCUUCUUCGCGCGCUUCUUCUCGCUCUUCCCCUCCUUCCGCCGCAACCCCGUGCGACACUCGCUCAUUCUGCUUGGCGCGCUUCUCCUCCUCGCGCGCCACCUCGCGCACCGCACCUCCCCCCACGCGCGCAAGCUGCAGGCGCAUCUCUCCUUCACCCGCCAAACUUCCGCAACCGCCGCCGCCGGCACAGCCGCUGGCGGAUCCGCUACCGCUUUCAGCGCUGUCGGCGGUUCAAAUUCCGGAAGCUCCGCAGGUUCCGUAAAUGAGGGAGAAUUAGAAACUCUGGGGAAGCGGGGAAGCUUGGGGACAGAUGGCGCGGGGAACGGGGCUGGCGGCGGGGUGGGGGAAGCGAGGGGAGCGGGGGAAGCGGAGGGCGCGGGGGAGGUGCGGCUGUGGAACGGCGUGAUGAUGCCGCGGUUGGGGUUUGGGACGGCGGGACUGGGGGAGGAGACAGAGAGGGCCGUGGGGUGGGCGCUGGAGGCUGGGUACAGGCUGUUUGACUCGGCGCAAGCACGUGAGUGGUACCGAGAGGACGCAGUGGGGGCAGCCAUAGCGCAGCACAACGUGUCCCGCAACCAACUCUUCCUCGUCUCCAAGCUGCACCCGCGGCAUCACGGGCACGCCAUCACACGCGAGCGCUUCUCCGACUCCCUGCGCGAUCUCCGCGUGCCCUACCUCGACCUCUUCCUCCUGCACUACCCCUUCUGCUUCCCCGCCAUCUGCGGGGACGCAGGGGCAGCGGCAGCGACGGGUGCGGGGUGGCUGGACAGCUGGCGGGCUCUGGAGGAGCUGUAUCAGCGGGGAGCGGUGCGGGCGAUCGGUGUGAGCAACUUUGGGCGAGACGAGCUGCUGGAGCUGAUUGCACAGGCGGAGGUGAAACCGCACGUGCUGCAGAGGAACUCCGACCCCCUACGAGCAGACAAGGACCUACAAUCGCUCUGUGCUCAGCAUGGCAUCGCGUACAUGGCCUACUCCUCCCUUGGCUCGCAGCACCUGAUCUUCUCCGACUCGCCCUCCCACAACCCUGUCCUGGACCACCCGGUCAUCAAAGCCAUUGCUGCACGCCGUGCCUGCUCGCCCGCACAAGUGGUGCUCAAGUGGGGGUUGCUGAAGGGGCAGGUGGUGAUUCCGAGGUCGCGCAAUAAAGAGCAUAUACGGGAGAAUCUUGAAGCGUGGCGGUGCGGGUUGGGGAUGGGUGAUGUGGCGGAGAUUGAUAGGCUGGAUGGGACGGAGUGA